AUGGUUAAACGCUGUACCCGACCACCCCAUCAGACCACAAGACCCGACCACCAGACCCGACAACCAGAUCCGACUACCUGGCCCGACCACCAGACCCAACAACCUGGCCCGACCAUCUCAUCCGACCACAAGACCCGACCACCCCAUCCGACCACAAGACCCGACCAACCCAUCCGACUACCUGGCCCGACCACCCCAUCCGACCACCCCAUCCGACCACCCCAUCCGACCACCAGACCCGACCACCAGAUCCGACUACCUGGCCCGACCAUCUCAUCCGACCACAAGACCCGACCACCAGAUCCGACAACCAGACCCGACCAUCUCAUCCGACCACAAGACCCGACAACCAGACCCGACCACCCUAACCGACCACAAGACCCGACCACCCCAUCCGACUACCUGGCCCGACCAACCCAUCCGACCACAAGACCCGACCACCCCAUCCGACUACCUGGCCCGACCACCCCAUCCGACCACAAGACCCGACCAACCCAUCCGACUACCUGGCCCGACCACCCCAUCCGACCACAAGACCCGACCAUCCCAUCCGACUACCUGGCCCGACCACCCCAUCCGACCACAAGACCCGACCACCCCAUCCGACCACAAGACCCGACCGACCCAUCCGACUACCUGGCCCGACCACCCCAUCCGACCACAAGGCCCGACCACCAGACCCGACCACCAGAUCCGACUACCUGGCCCGACCAUCUCAUCCGACCACAAGACCCGACCACCAGAUCCGACAACCAGACCCGACCAUCUCAUCCGACCACAAGACCCGACAACCAGACCCGACCACCCCAACGGCCACAAGAUCCGACCACCCCAUCCGACCACAAGACCCGACCACCCCAUCCGACUACCUGGCCCGACCACCCCAUCCGACCACAAGACCCGACCACCCCAUCCGACCACAAGACCCGACCACCAGACCCGACCACCAGACCCGACCACCCCAUCCGACUACCCCAUCCGACCACCCCAUCCGACCACCAGACCCGACUACCAGACCCGACCACCAGACCCGACCACCCCAUCCGACCACCCAAUCAGACCACAAGACCCGAACACAAGACCCGACCACCAGACCCGAACACCAGACCCGACCACCAGACCCGACCACCAGAUCCGACAACCAGACCCGACCACCAGACCCGACCAACAGACCCAACCACCCCAUCCGACCACAAGACCCAACCACCCUAUCCGACUACCCCAUCCGACCACCCCAUCCGACCACCAGACCCGACUACCAGACCCGACCACCAGACCCGACCACCAGACCCGACCACCCCAUCCGACAACCAGACCCGACCACCCCAUCCGACAACCAGACCCGACCACCAGACCCGACUACCAGACCCGACCACCAGACCUGACUACCAGACCCGACCACCAGACCCGACCACCAGACUCGACCACCAGACCCGACCAACAGACCCGACCACCCCAUCCGAACACCAGACCCGACCACCCCAUCCGACCACCCCAUCCGACUACCUGGCCCGACCACCCCAUCCGACCACCAGACCCGACCACCCCAUCCGAACACCAAACCCGUCCACCCCAUCCGACUACCUGGCCCGACCACCCCAUCCGAACACCAGACCCGACCACCCCAUCCGACUUCCUGGCCCGACCACCCCAUCCGAACACCUGGCCCGACCACCCCAUCCGACCACAAGGCCCGACCACCAGACCCGACCACCAGAUCCGACUACCUGGCCCGACCAUCUCAUCCGACCACAAGACCCGACCACCAGAUCCGACAACCAGACCCGACCAUCUCAUCCGACCACAAGACCCGACCACCCCAUCCGACUACCUGGCCCGACCACAAGACCCGACCACCCCAUCCGACCACACCAUCCGACCACAAGACCCGACCAACCCAUCCGACUACCUGGCCCGACCACCCCAUCCGACCACAAGGCCCGACCACCAGACCCGACCACCAGAUCCGACUACUUGGCCCGACCAUCUCAUCCGACCACAAGACCCGACCACCAGAUCCGACAACCAGACCCGACCAUCUCAUCCGACCACAAGACCCGACCACCAGACCCGACCACCCCAACUUUCCCCAAGACCCGACCACCCCAUCCGACCACAAGACCCGACCACCCCAUCCGACUACCUGGCCCGACCACCCCAUCCGACCACAAGACCCGACCACCCCAUCCGACCACAAGACCCGACCACCCCAUCCGACCACAAGACCCGACCACCCCAUCCGAACACAAGACCCGACCACCCCAUCCGACCACCAGACCCGACCACCAGACCCGACCAAUAGACCCGAUCACCCCAUCGGACCACCAGACCCGACCACCAGACCCGACCACCCCAUCGGACCACCAGACCCGACCACCAGACCCGACCACCCCAUCGGACUACCAGACCCGACCACCAGACCCGACCACCCCAUCGGACCACCAGACCCGACCACCAGACCCGACCACCCCAUCGGACUACCAGACCCGACCACCCCAUCAGACCACCCCAUCGGACCACCAGACCCGACCACAAGACCCGAACACCAGACCCGACCACCAGACCCGACCACCCGAUUCAUGUUGA